GGGUGCCGCUCCGGAUUGGGGGGCGGAAAUGGCUGCAAUGAGCCGCUGCAACCGUGGGGGGAUCCCCGGGGAAGAUGCUCGCGCUCCGUCGAGAAGCCUUUAGCUGCCAUUGUCCUUCUCCCCCACCAUGCUGCCAUGCAAGAAGCGGAAAACCACCCAGAUGGAUUCCUUCUCCGAAGCCGAGGCUCUUCCGACAGAGGCGUCGUCGCCUUCAGAUGGCCCCCUUUUGACCAAGCCAGAGAUGGAACAGGAAGGAGGAGAAGUUUCCCCAACUAUGAAAUCCCUAGGGGACACGCAAAGGGUCGAGCCCCUUCAAGAAGUGAAGGAGGAAGCUGAGGAAACGAGACUUUUUAUUUCAGUGGACGAACGAGAAGGAGGGAAGAAACCCAGGCGGAAGGGAGUUAAAAGGCAGUGGGAAGGGAAGUCACCUGAGGAAGACGAAGGAGGAGAAGGAGAAGGAGAAGGAGGAGGAAGGAAGUUAGCUUGUGACCUCAAAUUGGACGAAACCUUGGACCGCACGCUGGAAGACGGGGCGAAGCAGCACAACUUAACAGCCGUCAACGUACGCAACAUCCUUCAUGAAGUCAUCACCAACGAGCACGUGGUGGCUAUGAUGAAAGCGGCCAUCAGCGAGACGGAAGACGCCCCGGUCUUUGUGAGUCUGGCAAAGAGAAGGAAGGAGGGAGGGAGGGAGGGAGCAGUUUUCCAGAUGGGCCCUGCUGUGGAUCCG